UCUUUAGUGGCCACUGACCACACGCACGGCCGUCGCCGCCGGAGCCUGUCGAUGGCGUUUCCAAGGCACAGUGCAUGUACUCUGUUGUAUCAUCGACGUCCUCAACCCUCAACAUACCAAACACCUACUCUAAUCAUCAAUAUCACAGGCAACGGCGUUGACGAGCAUAUAUAUACCGAAGUAGCUCUUUCAACACUAUUGCUACACACAGAAUGAGCGCAUAAGAUACACCAAAGGGCUUACAAAGACAACCGGAACGAUGCCGACGGACGACUCAUCCCGGCCGCUGUUGGGCGACUCGGAUGAGGUGGCUCAUCGAGCAUCGGAGGAGCGUCGCGAGGAUGAUACAGAGUAUGCACCGCUGCUCUCGCAUGGACACGGAACUCCACGAUAUGACGGAGAGGAAGACCCCGCGCCACUCUCACCAGCGUCGACGUCAUUGCGGUCGAUACAGAGCAACGAUUCCAGCGCCUCGGCAACGAAGGGCAAAUCUUGGGCUACUAUCACAGCUAUCACCGGCCUCUCUGUGUCGGUUUUGCUCAUCAUCUCGGUGCUAUUUUUUGCACCAGCUGCCGUCGAAGAGUACAGCAAGCAGUCGAUGGUUAUCGACCCGUCCGGCCUGUCCAUCGACUCGUUUACAAGCACUGGGGUGCGAGCCCGAGUGCAGGCAGACUUCCAGCUCGAUGCAGCCAAAUGCGAGAACUCUGUCAUCCGAACCCUUGGGCGACUUGGAACUUACAUCGCCCACACGGUCGAAAGCGACGAGACAGAAGUGAAGGUUUACCUUCCCGAGUACGACAACUUACUUAUUGGCACUGCAACCGUUCCGAAAGUACACGCCAGCAUCCGCAACGGCGAGGUCACGCAUCUGGAUUUCUUGACAGACGUUAAACCUGCCGAAACCGCAGACCUUCAGCGUAUCGUCAAUGACUGGCUUUCUGGACGGAUGACACAAUUGACGGUGAGGGGCAUGAUUGAUGUUCCACUUAAGUCUGGCUUCUUCCGUCUCGGGAACAAAACCAUAUCUCCAACAAUCGUUCUUGAAGGCCACAAUAUCCCUAAUAUCCCGUCCUAUAAUAUAACUCACAUCAAUAUCGAGGAAACGAAUCUGAUGCAGGCUCGCAGUCGCAAAGCCAUAAUCAAGCGGGGCAUGAGGGCAGAUGCAACUCUUGUUGUUGACAACCACUAUCCAAUCAGCCUGUCAAUACCACCUCUUCAGUUUGACAUCCUAGUUCAGAACUGCGAUGUGGUUGACCCAUAUAUUAUGCUUGCGGAGGCGUCGACGGAUCGGGUCGAUGUGCAGCCAGAAUCGGAUAUCGAAGUCCAUGCCGGAGGCGUCAUACGGGAGCUCCCAAGCUCUUUAACCAAGCCCUGCCCUAGCACUACACUGUCGCCAUUGGACGUGCUGGUGGGCGAGUAUAUGCACGGCAAGGACGCCACCAUAUAUGUAAAGGGGUCCAAAAACCCAUCGCCAGAAACGCCGACUUGGAUAUCCGAUUUGGUUUCAGCCAUUACAGUACCGGUUCCAUUCCCAGGCCGAAAUUUCGAUGGACUGGUCAAGAACUUCACGUUCGCGGAUGUACACUUUGGGUUGCCUGAUCCAUUUGCGGAUCCGCGCAGCCCCGAAUCAAACCCUCAAAUAUCUGGCACUAUCAUAGUCAUGGCCAAUCUACCGAAAGAGGUCAACUUUGCAAUCAAUGUCACCAACGUCCGCCCAACAGCGGAUAUUUUCUACAAGGACAAGAAACUCGGUGUCAUGGAUCUGAAGGAAUGGCAAAAAGCACAAUCUGAGAGGAUUGAUGCAACGGACGACGAAGAUGCACUCUUAAAGAUCCAGUCCAAGAUCAAGGAUGCGCCUAUAAAUAUUACCGACCAGAGAGUGUUUCAAGAUGUGGCACAGAAAAUCCUUUUCGGAGAAGGCGUGACAUUGGAAGUUAGAGCACUCGUGGAUGUUGAGGCCGAAACUGUGCUGGGGUCAUUAGUUGUUAGGGAACUUCCUGGAGAAGGAUCUGUCCCGGUAAAGGCUCCCGGAAAUGGCGGCCUCAAAGGCGCUCUAGGGGGUAUAAACCCCCAAGUAUUCGACUUAAAAAUCCUCGACACCGGCAAGAACUCGUUGACUCUGGAAGGCAAGGUCAACUUCACAAACCCUACGAAUUACACCGCCACCAUUCCAUCAUUGAACAUCCAUAUUUUGAGCAACAACUCUGUUAUCGGGCUAGCUACGGUGUCAAACGCUGAGGUCACCUUGGGCAACAAUACAAACCUUGCUGUGCGAGUCUUGUGGGAUCCCGCGACCUUGGGAGAUGCCAAUUCCUCAGCGAACGCACGAAACCUCAUAUCCCAGUACAUAUCCGGCUGGAACACAACCAUCACAUUCCAAACAUACGACGGCAGUAUCCCUUUCCAACCAGCCCUAGGUGAAAGCCUCUCCAAAUUCCCCAUCGAGAUGCAAAUUCCCCGCCUAUCUUCUCCCCACAAUGGCUCAGGCGACGAUGACGACGACGAAGAUGCUCCAGAUCAUCUACGAUUCAUCCAAGGCGCUACAUUCCACAUCUUCUCCUCCUCGGCUUCCUUCACCAUCUUCUCUCCGCUCAAGGACACCCACAUCUUCAUCGAAACCAUCAAUGCCACAGCAUUCUAUAACCACACCGAACCAGUCGGCACUAUCGUAUAUGACCUACCAAUCGAUGUUCCGCCUGGACUCAGCGAGACCGACAAACUGCCUGUAGAUUGGGAUCCGGACUCUAUAGGCUACGACCGUAUCCGCGAGGCGCUUGGUGGUGGACUGAAGCUAUCAGCGAAGGCGGAGGUAGGGGUGAGGUUGGGGAAGUGGAAGGAGAAGUUAUGGUUUGAGGGAGAGGGGAUUGGUGCGAAAGUGAGAUUGUAGAUAGGAUAGGACUGAGUUUGAAUAUGAUGGCGCGAUUGGGAGGGAUUUUUGUAUAGAGGCGUAUUAGGCGUUGGGUUCCUCAAAGGUGCUGUUGUAGGGUUAUGUUUUUAGAAGCGUUGGACUUUCGUCCUGAGUUAUGUUUUAUCACUCUCUGAGAUUUCACGUGAACCUCGAUAUAAGAGGGUCAUUGAGACCUAGAAAUCAAUAAGAAUAAUAAGUGAGAUUCCCAUAAAGAUACCACAUCGGUUCACCUAAAAAUAUGAAGCCCGACAAUCAAGUCCUAUGAGUCAGAUACUCAACAUGUACGAUUCUUCCAUGGGAUUUUACUGUAUAUUUCACGCCAUUUUGGGGCGACAUUCGAGGUGCAGUCAAAACAGAUAGUUCAAGAUAAUUCAAG